AUGCUUCGAAGCGUUUCUCCACUGGCUGCGCCCUUGGUUUUUGCAGGAUGGGCGAAGACGAGCGCGAGCAGACGGCGAGCGAUGCCACGGCUCCCCUUCGCCUUCGGCAAGCCGCGUGAAAGAAGGUCCUUUGGCAUCAUUCGUUCUCGCGUGAAGGAUGAUCAGGAUGAUGGGUUGCAGGAAGGCCAAGUUGGCCUUCACUUCUUCUCGGAUGCCAACUUCAAGCCCCUGCGUGAUCACUUCGUAGGCUCGCUGGCAGACGACCGCAUCGAACUACGGGAGACCUUUGUGGAGGAUUUGGGCGUUAUCAAGCAGCGGACGGCAGGUGGAGUCCCAGUCUACAAAUUCAAGACGAAGCUUCUGCUGGAAGCACUGGAGGAGGCAGCCCCGGAGGAAGUCUUUCUCAUCUCAGACGUGGACAUCCAAUUCUUCGGGGAGAUCCUCCCGCUCGUCAAGGAGGGCAUUGCUGGGCGGGACCUGUGCCUUCAGCGGGAGUUCACCAACUUGGGUGUGAACAUCGGCUUCAUGGCAAUCAGACGGACUGCGGCUAGCAUGAAGUUCUGGAAGUCUGUGUGGGACGAGCUUCCAACUGGCCGGCAUGACCAACGCAUCGUCAACAAUUUGUUGUACGCCGCGCAAGUGCCGGGCAUGAGAUGGGGAUGCUUUCCUCCCGCCGUCUGGGCUUCGUCUCAGGCCUUUGAUGGCAACGGCGUGCCGGAGCAGAUCAUCCUCCAUCAUGCGAACUGGGUGGUUCGCGACUACCAUGCCGGUCCUGAAGGAGGUGCUGAUGCCUCGAAUCCGCUGGCAAAGCUUCAGCAGCUCCGGCAACUCCGCGAGGCGGUGCAGGGCGAGGAUGAUGGCGGCAAGCUUGAUUUCUUCCGUGGCAUCUCCCUGGAUCCAGACCUCGCAGACUACCAUCAGAGGACCUAUGGCGACCUCAGAUAUGGGCCGGAGUGGACGGCCUUGCCGGUGGGACACCCAGCCCGGCCCGGUGGUACACGCCGUCAAGUCCGCUCAGCGAAGGCUGGGCUGCCGGAGGUUGGUUAA